UGAAUAUUGACGGGCGUCUUUCUAUCCGGUUUAUGGCUGCGAUCAACACAAACAGUUUGGACGGUUUGUAUCUGAGCAAUUAUACAGAUACGGAUGAAACAAUUAAACGCAUCGCCACAACUCAAAUGCAAGCGUAUCACGCAAGGCAAUUAUUUCCCUGUUUUGACGAACCCGGAUUGAAAGCAGUUUUCAACUUGAAAAUCAUCCAUAAAACGAACUACACCACUGUUUUGGGGAACAGUGACGUUGCUAAUGUCACAGAAUUUGCGGAUCUUGAAGGAUGGAGUGUGACAACCUUUAACCCCACCGUCCCCAUGGCAACGUACCUUUUUGCCAUGGUCGUGUCUGACUUGGAAUAUGCUGAAGCUGACGGAGGUCUUUUUAAAGUGCCAGUUCGGACAUACGCACCACCUCCCGUAGUCGCAAGAAAUGGGGCAACAUACUCGGCUGACAUUGCUGCAAAAAUGUUAGCAUAUUUCGACACAUAUUUCGCAACAGAUUAUCCCAUGCAAAAAAUGGAUUCCGUUCACAUCCCUCACUUCAGUGCAGGAGCGAUGGAAAACUGGGGAUUGAAUAUUUACAGGGAAGCUUACAUAAUCUAUUAUCCUGGAGAGAGUUUGGAAAGCUAUAAAAAUUUGUUGACAAGCGUCGUCUCUCAUGAACUGGCUCAUCAGAAUUUUGGCAAUCUCGUCACCUGCAAGUGGUGGAACGAGCUGUGGCUCAACGAGGGCUUCGCCACGUACAUUUCGUAUCUCGGGGUUGACGGCGUCCGACCAGAGUUUCGCCACAGGGAGUGGAUCCUGAACGACGCCUUCCAAUACUCGAUGAGGGUCGACGUGUCGGCUCGAUCGCAUCCAAUUGUGAACGACGCCGUCACUCCGGACGAGGUGGACUCUUAUUUUACCGGAAUUACGUAUGAAAAGGGAGGUUCGGUCAACAGGAUGACGGAGAAAUUUUUGUCGGAAGCAACAUACAAGAAGGGGCUGCAGUACUAUUUGCAUAACAUGUCCUACCAAGGCGUCGUAUCGGACGAUUUGUUCCACUAUCUCAACGUCGCUGCGCAGGAAGACGACAGACUUCCGGCUGGAGUCACCGUCAAGAUGAUCCUGGAUUCGUGGACGUUGCAAAAGUCUCAUCCUCUCGUUCGGGUUAGUGCGGAGGGACCAAAUUCAGUCUACAUUUCGCAGGAGAGGUAUGCCGAUCCAGCCAGCGUGGAUUUGUGGUGGGUCCCUGUGACCGUGGUAACACAGGAUGCGCCAUCAUUGGAAAAUUGGGUGCCCAAAUUGUGGUUGGAGAGGGAUGUUCCGAUCAAAAGUGUGGUGCAUGAUACGAGCAAGUGGAUUAUGAUUAAUCAGGAUGCGACAGGUUAUUACAGAGUGUUGUACGAUGAAGGGCUAACACCUCUUAUCGCUGAUCAAUUGCGCAGGAAUGCUUCCGUAAUUACGCCUCUGAGUAGGAGUCAGUUGUUGGAUGAUUACUUUAAUUUGGCAUAUCGUGGAAAUGUUGAAAUUGAGGCGGCCUUGGAAUUUACCAAAUAUCUGGAGCAGGAAGAUCACUUCACGGUGUGGGAAGUUAUCUUCACCCAAUUAAGACAGGCUUACAAUUUUGCCCAAACAGAGGAUGAACAUAGCGCUAUUAGGAAUUACCUGGCCCCAAAAAUCCGCCCUGCCCUUGAAAAGAUUGGGCUGGAACAAAAUAACAAUGUACAUAUCGGUGCUCUGGGAAUCCUUAGGACAAAAUUAAUAGAUUGGUCGUGCGCCUUAGGGGAUUCAUUCUGUGUUGAUUAUGCGAAUAAAUUAUACACCGAGUGGGGACAGGAUGUGAAUAAGAUCUUACCAAUAGAUAUUCAGGCCUCAAUUACUUGCGCCAUUGUGGCAAAUAACGGACAAGCCGGAUUUGAUUUUAUGAUGGCGAAAUAUAUCGCAACUCCUAUGCAAAAUCCGUCAAAAGUACGCUACCUGAAUGCAUUAGGGUGCUCCAGGGAUGCCGGAGUUCUUCAAACCCUUUUGGGCAUGACACUGGACACGAAUUCACAACUAGUCCGUAGUCACGCACUCAGUGUUAUUCAGCGCGUCGCCAUGAAUAAGCAAGGGAGACGUCUAGUCAUUCAAUUCCUCAAGGAUCAGGUGGACAGAAUCAUUUCAAUUCUUGGUUCUGGUAGUCCUUCCCCCGUGUCGAGUAUUUUGAGCUCGUUGAGUAGUUACGUUUCCACUCAGGAAGAACUUGAUGAGGUCCUCAAGUUUGUGGCGGAUCAUGCCGCCAAAUUUGGCGUAAUUAACGGUUCGAUUAACUCAUACUUGACCACGAUCCGGUCUAAUAUCGCCUGGAAGGUUACAUUCGGAAAGCCAAUCAUUUCCUGGAUGGGAGAAAAUGUGUCGAUUAAUAAUUCAGCUAGCUAUGCCAAUCCCUCGCUUGCAGUGUUCGUUUCACUGGUGACUGCGGUUCUUCGUUGUGUUAACUAAUAAUUUUAUGUACACUUGUGCAUCCUUAUAUCAACUUUUUUCCAGAAACAAUAAAUAUUUUUUUA